AAAGGAGAAAAAAAACCAGAGAGGUUCUUCAAUGGAGGACGAUGAAGCGAAGCAGCGAAGAAAACUUGAAGAAGAAGAAGCUUUUAAUGAACGAAGAGAAGAAAGAGAAAACGAGUUUCCUUCGCAUCAUCCUCCUCCUCCGCCUGAUGAGUUAUUUGACGUUUCGACUACUGUUGAUCCUAGCUAUGUUAUUUCACUGAUAAGGAAGCUCCUUCCUGUUGAUUCGGGUAGUGACGAACGACAUAACCAUCAUAUGAAUGCGGAUAAUGUGGUUCAAGGUGUAGUAGCUGUAUCUAGAAAUGGGGUUGUUGACACUUCCAAUGGUGAUCCAGAGAGCAUGGACAUUGAAGAUAAUCAUAAUGAAUCCACUUCUGAGGUGAGGGACACGGUCAGUUCAUGUCGGGAGCCGGGAAUGCUAGGGGGGUCAUCAGUGGAAGAAGCAUGGGAAGAUCAUGGUUGUGUUUUGUGGGAUCUUGCCGCUAGUAGAACUCAUGCUGAGCUAAUGGUACAGAACCUAAUUUUAGAAGUCCUUCACGCAAACCUUAUGGUUUCAACAUCUGCCCGCAUUCGAGAAAUUUGUCUUGGGAUUAUUGGGAACCUUGCUUGCCAUGAAGGUCUGUUGAAACAUAUAGAGUCUACAGCUGGACUCGUAAAUAUACUCGUUGGACAGUUGUUUCUUGAUGAUCCCCAAUGCCUAAGUGAAGUUUGCAGGAUACUCACCACAGGUAUCUCGGGGUCUGGGGGUACUUUUUGGGCCGAGUAUUUGCAGCCCGAUGAUAUACUUCGCCGUAUUUUGUGGAUUGCCGAAAAUACCUUGAAUCCUCACCUUAUUGAAAAGGACUCAGUUUCAGAUGGAAAUUUUUCCAUAACUCUCUACUAUAUGCCUAUUGAUAGUGUAGGGAUAUUGUUAGGUAUCAUCGAAGGUCAACCAGAGGUUGAGCAGCUAUUGAUCCCUCCACUAAUGACUCUGGGCUUGACGAGUCUCUUGAUCAAUCUUCUCUCCUUUGAAAUGAGCAAAUUGACUAAAGAAAGAAUUCCAGAAAGGUACCCCGUCCUUGAAAUUAUUCUCCGAGCUAUUGAAGCCCUUUCUGCUUCAGAUAGCCAUUCUAAAGAGAUUUGCUCUAGCAAAGAACUUUUUCAACUAGUCUGUGAUCUUAUGAAACUUCAGGACAAAGCUGAGGUCGCAACAUCUUGUGUUACUGCUGGAGUUUUACUCGCAAAUAUGCUGUCUGAAAGAGUCGAUUUUAUUCCGGAAGUAUCGCAAGAUUUUUCUUUCUUGGAAGGUUUAUUCAGUACUUUACCAUUUGCUUCAGAUGACAUAGAAGCAAGAAGAGCUCUUUGGAAUGUUAUUGCGAGAUUACUUGCCAGAGUUAAUGAAUCCCAGAUAAACACAUUCUGUCUGAGUCAGUACAUAUUGGUUUUUUUAAGCAAAGCAGAUAUUAUAGAAGAUGAUCUUCUUGAUACCCAACUAGAAGAUUCAAACGAGGAGUCCCAAAACUCAUUCCCUUCCCAGAUAAAGUCAAGUGCGCGAACAAUUGCUAUACAGAAGAUUGAAUCGAUAUUGAACAACUGGAAUGUUCGCAAGGACAAUUUACAGGAGGAAACAGUGAACGGGAAUUGCUCUAUAAACCUAGCUGAUGUUAAAAGGCUAUCCGAUUGCUGUCACAGAUAUAUCAAAUCGAUUGAAGGAUCUUAAUUCAUGGGGAAUCAAUCUCUUGAAAGUAUACAAUCUUUCAACUGUCACAUGAAGUCACAAGCUUCAAGAAUUCGUGGACCCAGUAGACUUUUGAAAAGACAAUGUUCAGGUUAGAACUUUGCUUGUCUCUCUCUCUUAGGGCACAAUCUGGUAAAUUGUACACAAGAAGAAUAGAUGUGCAACAGAAAA